UCAUCAAGUAGACCAGACUGUGUGAGGACGCAGAGUUGGAUGAGGCCUCGAGCCAGAAGGUUGCCAUGCCGCCACAGCCCGACCCACGGCACCAGGACCUCCUGACCUGUGGCCAAUGUGGCCGCAAUUUCCUCCUCCGCAAUAUCCUGGGCUUCAUUGAGCACAAGAAGAGCCUCUGCCAGAGGCCCACUCGCCUCCGAGAUAUGGGCGGGGGUCCGCAUUCCCCUCUCGCUGCCCAGCAGGCAACUGCCGACCCACUCGUGACCAGCGAGGACAUGUAUACAGCCAGCAUUUCAGAGAUUGGAGUGGAGGACAAUCCCGUGGGAGAUGAGUUGGAACCUGCAUAUUAUGUCUGCACCUCCUGUGAGGAGCCCUUUUCCAGUGCUAGGGUCCUGCUGCACCAUGCACAGUACACCCACGGCCUGCAGAUCUACCUGGAACUGGAUGAUUCGGAGAGGACGGGGAUCCCUCCAUCGCCCGGGGAGGAGCAGGCCGCUCCAUCCGCCUCCAUGCUCGAGGGGAGCCCCUUCGAGGAGCCACGGUGCCCCGAGUCCUCAGUGCGUGGGCCCCGCUCCCCGGCCAACUCGCUGCUCUUCGGCCCAUCGGCCCUGGGUCCGCCGGAGUACAGCGACAGCGGCUCUGAGGAGGCCAUCUCCCGCCACCGUGCCACCGAGCGGACCUUCCCUAUGAGGAUGCCGGCGAAGGCAAUGGACUUUUCCCGGAGGCUGCGCAAGCUGGCGGCGGGAGGCUUGGGGCCUGGCGCAGGAGGCCGACCGGCCUUCCUCUCGGGUCUGGCUCCGUCUCCACCGCCCGCUUCCUCCUCCUCCUCCAGGCCCCACGGCCGCAGCAAGGAGUGUGAGUUCUGCGGCAAGAGCUUCAAGUUCCCCAGCAACCUGGUGGUGCACCGGAGGAGCCACACCGGCGAGAAGCCGUACCGGUGCCCCUUCUGCGACCAUGCCUGCAGCCAGUCCAGCAAGCUCAAGCGCCACAUGAAGACGCACAUCAACCACGCCGGCAUCCUCAACGGCUGGGCCGCAGCUCUGCCUGAUGGCCCCCUCUUGGAGGAUGGCUACCGACACCGGGCCUACCAGGCACCGGGCCUGGAGAAUGGCAUGGCUGAGGACGGCGACGAACACAUCGCCACCGACUACCCAGCUCUCAGCACUGAGCAUGACAUAAAGAUAAAGGUCCUGAAGGAGGAACCAGAGUCGGGUGAAGAUCAGCAGCUGGGGAAACUCAAGGAGCAGUUGGACUGCCAGGCAAAUGAGGCCCUGUCUGAGACAGAACGCCUCCAGAUGGAGGGGGACAGUGACCUUGCUAAUGGUGAGACCGAAUCGGCCAGGGCCUCUCCGUCAGGCCUGGCCAACGGUUUUGGCUUUCAUUCCAAGCGGCUUCUUGCACCCCCACGGGGCCCCAGCCUUCUGAGGGGGACCCUCAGGCAGAUCAAGGCCGAGAAAGACCACCUGUCGGAGGAGGCCAGCCGGAACUUCUACUCCCGGUGGCUGGCUGACUGCGCGGCCUCCCGGAGACCGGCGGGAGCCCCCUCCUCUACAGCCGCCGGCGCCCGGGCCUCCCCGUCGUCCGAGAACUCCGGCGAGAAUGCCGGCUCCUGCUCCUCCAGCCCGCCCCGGGAGGCGUCGGCAGACAGCGGCACGGCCAGCGGGCACAGCACGCCGAAACGGCUGGGCGUCGGGCGGGGGCUGGGCGAGGGGCGCCGCCGCAACACCUGCGAGUUCUGCGGCAAGACCUUCCGCAACGCCAGCAACCUGACGGUGCACCGGAGGAGCCACACGGGGGAGAGGCCAUACCGCUGCGAGCUCUGCAGCUACGCCUGCACUCAGAGCAGCAAGCUGACCCGGCACAUGAAGACGCAUAUGCAGCCGGGCAAGGAAGUCUUCCGCUGCAACACGUGCAACAUCCCCUUCAGUAUCUACAGCACCCUGGAGAAGCACAUGAAAAAACGCCACAGUGAACACCUCCAGGAGCCCCAGCUCUCCAAUUGAGGUGGUGAGGUGGUGGGGGAAGUGUCAUCAUAGCCCGGUUCAUGGGGUGGGCUUGGGGUGUAGGACCCUGACAGAGGAAAGGAUGGACCUUUUAGAUGGAGGGUGCAGUGAGAAAACUUUCCCUCAGUCAUUCUGUACAGAACUUAUGGGGCAUAAGGACCAGGGCGGAGAUGUGGGCUGAAUGGUCUAGGUUCCAAUUGGUAAAAUUUGAUGUAAUCCCCGUGAAGAUGAAUGUUCUUCCCAGUCCCCAUCCAAUAUGUUUAUGAAUAUUUAAAGUUUCAGGCAUUUAAACCUUAGCCGCAGCAGUGUGGGGAGCAUGGGGGUUUCCCUGAACAAACAAUGUGAUGUCGUGACACACAUUGUUGGCCAAUUUUCAAUUGGGACGGAGGCCUUCCUGAGCUAGGAGUGGGAUGUUAUGGAUUAAUGGACUGAGGAGGAGGACCAUUGGUAGAUGAUGCUGGGGAGGAGGAAAGGAAGAGAAUAGGAAGAGCUUUAUUGGCCAGUUGGACAAUAUUUGAGGGGCGGGGUGCCAACCUCACACGCAGGAGGAUACUCCGCUGUGCCAGCAUUCUUCAGUUAGAAUUUUUCUCGUGGGUGAGGAGAAUGGAGGCAUUGAUCUGCCACUGAAAGGAAGUGUCUUAGAACUACACAGGGCCCCACAUGGAGACUUCAAGUGUGGGACUUUCAAGGGACUAGAGACAAUGGCAGAGAAAUACCCACACCAGCGCUAGUGCCCACGGCACCCAUGUUCCUUUGAAGCUGUGCAGCUGCCCGGAGGUCUGUGCACAUGGAUUGGAAAUGUCUUGACAUGACCUUACAGCUCCAACAGCUGUGCCCUCCCAUCUCCGAAACACCUCCUGUAUUGGUUUCCUGACCCCCUUCUGCUCCUGGCACUCAUCCCCCACCUCCCCCCCCCAACCCUCUCAGAUAGGUGAAUGCCAGGUAUUUCCGAGUUUACAUUCAUCGCAAUCCAAAGGCUCAGGUUCGUGCUCAGGGUACUUGGUAGCUGUGGGAGUUUGAAAUUCAAUAAACUGAGACCUUUUUGAAUGGAGGAGCAGGGCUGAUGGCCUGCUCCUGCUCUGACGGAAUUUGUUGUGAUGCACACUGAGGUUGAAUAGCUGAGACUCAUUGUCAAGGCUCACUCGAUAAGCACGGCCUAUUAGGUGGAUAGUGAAGACAGAUGGGUGUCUCACUCGUGUUCAUCACUGAGCAUGUGACCCCUCUGCUCUCAAAGAGACUUCCAUAUUUGUGAACAGCAGCACCAUUCUCUGAUGGGUCAGAAGCAAAGCACUCUCCUUGGUCCCUUAGGCCGCAGAAAGGACUGCUGUGGAGUUCUUGCUGCUCCAUGCUGACCCUCAUGAGUCAGCCUCAUGGUCUCGAUCACAGAAAACCAGCUUAGGAAGCCUGCUUGUGUAUGUAAGUGGGGCUGGGGUGGUGAAGAGGGUGCUCAGGGGUGAGAAUAACCUCCUUUGUGGAGAGAGUCACAGGUCCCUUUUUCCCUUGGGGUGGGCUAUUAUACUUGAUGCCCGUCUUAAACACCACUCCGUAGGGACAGGAUAAAGCCAUUCAGCUCCUCAAGUAUUUCAAUAGAAAUCACUUUGAGCUGUCAUGAUCUUGUAAAAGUCUAUAUAUAAAUGCAGGUCUUUCACACGACAUCAAGUCCAAAUCUCUUGAAGUCAUUACUCUGUAAAAAUCCAACCCACUAAUCCUCAAAGCCACUCUUCUGACCCGUCCAACAUCCUCGCCAUUUUGAGAUGGCAAGUUGCAAGUUUCAAAUUUCCACCACCCUUUGGAUGGAAGGGAAUUUCCUGAGUUUUACUGCAGGACAGCCUGGAUUUUAUUAAGACCUAUAAUGGAAUUCCCCUCACCAGCACUGACAAGGAUGAUGUCAAGCUGAUCGCAGUCAUAUUGUUCAACAGUUCAGGCACAUCAAAGCACCUUAGGCAAAACCGACAGCAAUUUUAACUUUGGCUAUUCUCUUCUCAACAACAAGGUGCAUUUAUUUAGCCCCUCUAAAGUUGCACUUCACAGGAGCAUUACCAGUUUGAUGCCAUUUAAGGAGAUAUUAGACACACACCACCAAAACCUGGAUGAUGAAAGUUUUUGAUGAAUGGCUCAAAAGGAUGUGAGAGAGGCAGCGGGGUUGAGGGACAGAAUUCUAGAACCACCCAAAGCCUACAUUUCCCUGUCAGAUUGCUUUGGUGGUCACUGCCAUGGUGUGUCAGUUCAGUGUUUCUCCAAUGAACACCCUCAGUUGGAAGGCUGGCGGGUGGGGAAGCGGCUAGGAGAGGUGAUUCACUCCCCUCUGCCAAUCACUUCCUGAGAUGUCCAGCGAAAACUGCAUCAUGGAGUUCAACUGUGUUGCCAUCCUUUGUCGAAUAGCUUAUCAACUUGGUCUGGACUUGCCACAGGAGAAAUGAACAGUGGUAUUUCAAUCUGUGCAGAGAGCUGGUAUGCCAUUGCAAUGACACGUCGCAAGAAGAUAGCAAAACCUGGGUCCUCUGAGGGAUGGGGGGUGUUUUAUCUGCAGCAUUUUAAAUCACGGUGCCCAGCACCUGGAAUGACUUGGAUCUGCAAAAGUUAUCAGUGAUAAUACAGGGGCUGGUGAACGAGGUGUCUAUUGGGGUGGUGGUGCACGUGUGCCAGUGAGUGUAAUGGUUCAAGGAGCCUACAAGAAUUGCACCUCCGUCGGAGAGUUGGAUAGACUCCUCUGUAUUUUUCUAAUAGUCAUGUAUUUUUUACAUGGUGCGCUGGGAGCGAAGCAGUUUUUUUCUUUGUAAUGUAUUUCAAGCUGAAAGCAGUCAGGGUGCCCCAGGAUUAGGGCAAAGGGUGCGUUUUGUAUGACAAUUUUUUGUAUUACCAGUGUGUUUGUGAUAACUUGUGUGGGUUUGGGUCAGUGUCAAACACGAUUCUAAUUCAAGAAGACAGCUCGGGGAGGGUGGGACAGGCACAAAAGUACAUUUGUUGAAUGUUGUAUAGUUUAAUAUUGUGAAUGACUGAAAACUGGCAUGUUCAGGGGUGGGGUGGGAUGGGUAGAAUUGCAGUAAAACUGUACAAUAUUUGCCAGACAGCACUGACCUCAUCUGUUUUACUUUGUCACUGUGGGGAGUAUAUCUUUUGGCUGAUGGGCUUUAUUGUAAUGUUUGGUAGGGAAUUCUUUUAGAGCAAGGCUGUUUCACUAUGCGGUGGGGGUGGGGUAGGUGUUUAAAGGGAGUGUGACAUGUAGCAAUGUUGUCACUGGAUGUACUAGUUUGGGUGUUAACAGGAGAUAAUACACCCUUGCAUAUAAUCUCUCACUCUCACAGUCACACUCAUACAUGUACAGCCGCACUCUCUCAAACACAUGACAACAUACACUGAUACUCACACCUACACACACUUCCACAGCCCCACACUCAUCCUCACUCACCUACACACCCUCAAAACACUUUCACCCACACACACACACACACACACACACACAUACAGAGACACAAAUCACAAUUCCCCUGAUCGUUAGCUGUCAGAAUCAGCUCUGCGUCUCAAACCGAUCUCAUUGGUGUCCACUUGGGGGUUGCUGAUGGAGUGUGGUCAGCCAUAGCCCUCUGAAACAGAAAGUGAAGGCUUUGAGUCCCCACUGCAGAGACAUGAGGGUCAUAUUUCAAGCUGACACAGUGUUCCACACUUGGAAGAGUCGUCUUUCGGACUAAGACGUUAAACCAAAGUCCUGUCUGCCCCUUGGGCAGACAUAAAAGACCCCUUGGCCACUAUACAGGAGAAGCUGGGAAUUUCUCCCUGGCAUCUUGGCCAAUGUUUAUCACUGAACCAAAUGCACAAUAAAACUGAUUACCUAGUCAUUUAUUGCUGUGAUGUUGCAACUGAGGCUUUGGAGGGACACAUUAUUGCUUUAGUUCCACUACUCCAUUGGUCACAAUAUGAAAUAAAAAUACUUCUCCCAGUGGCCAAUUAAAUAAAGGUGCAAUAAAUGGUUUAUAUGCACAGUCAGUAAUAAAGGAGUAUAAAACCUUAUGACUGUCAAUGUCCUCAAGAACACACACAUUCCCAUAUGCAGACAUGCUUCAGGAAAAGAGAAAAAAUUAAAGAAAACUCUAAUGGAUGGUUCUGUGGCUUAAUUGGUUAAAGCGUCUAUCCAAUAAACUGGAAAUGCAAGAUUCAAAUCCCAGUGGUACCUACUCAUUGUAUCGAAGGUUCCUUGUUUCAGAUUCUUGCAAGGGCCAUGGUGGUGAUCAAGCAAAUCACCGUCCUGGUUGAGUUUCAGCCUGUUAUGAUUUUGGUGAUCAAGGAUAAUUUGUCUCUGGGGCUCAGUUAGCUGGACGGCUGGUCUGUGAUACAGAGUAUCGCCAUCAGCGUGGGUUCAAUUCCUGCACCAGCUGAGGUUACCAUGAAGGUCCCCACCUUCUCAACCUCACCCCUUGCCUAAGGCGUGGUGACCCUCAGUUUAAACCACCAGCAGUCUUCUCUUUCUAAUGACUAUAAUGAUUUUUACAAUUGUCUCUGGAGCCCUUUUGACAUAUUCUGUUCAAAAAAAAGCAAUCACUAUUUCAAAUAAACAAGCAGGCUUCACCUGGAGUGUUGUUUUUCAGGGAUCAGUUGGAUAGCUUGUUCUUAGCAGGCUUUCCUCCUACUCAGCUUUGUCCUCAGUGAUCUUCCCUUCAACUGAACCAGGUAAAACCUCCCACGCCUGUUAUUGUUCAAACAGCCCUAGCAGUGGUCUGAAGCAAAGCAAGCAGUCAUGUGUUUUCUAGGAAGACUGGUUUAAAAAACUCUCCAAUGUCCACAGUAGCCGUCCAACUACCUCUUUGGAAAAAAUCACUCCAGAUAUGUCCACAACACUGGCAAAACAUUCAUUCUUUUUCCACACGCAUCUAACUCCUCCAAAAAAAUUUUAAAAUAUCAAAUAACAAGUGUCUUUGUAACACUGGGAGCUAGCUGUGUACAAAGUGUCCACAUGCCACAUGGUAUAACAAUGGGUACAAGUCAGAGAUGUUUGAUUGGCUGUUAAACCUUCUUAGCAGGCUGUAUAAAUACUUCACUAUAUUGUGGAACAGCUAAUGGUAGGGGUCCAGCUUUAAAGGGCAGUUAGUGUAUGAUUACACUGCUGGAUUAUCAGUAGUCAUCGCAGUCCAGUGACAACAUUGGGAAGUGGGAAGGGGAGGGGGAGUAGAAAUGGGGGCUGGGGAAGUAUUUUGUAAAAAUACUGUCAACCCAAGUUUUGAAGAGCAAAUAUUUUUAAUGUAUUUUAUAAAAUUGAACUUCAGUGAAAAGCAACUUGCUGCAUCACCUGAAUUAAAAAAAGAGAGAUUUGGAAA